AGGGGCUCGAGCAGACAACUUUCAGUGAAACUUAACUGUUGCUGCUGCAGGAAAGAUCGUUUCUGGUUAAAACAUAAUGAUGGGUUGCUGUUGCACAUCACGCCAUCCAUCAAGCCAUUCAGCUCCUCCUGAAAUAUCGAUAUUAUUCAAACAGGAACUGCCUCAAUGUAAAAAACAGGUAACCUACAGGAUUCCAGCUCUCAUAUAUAUCAGUGACAAACAAACCUUCCUUGCCUUUACUGAAAAGCGGAAAACCCCAAGUGACACAGAUGCAGAAGUGCUUGUGAUGAGAAAAGGAUUGUGGAAGAAUGACAAUAAUCCAGUUAAGUGGGUCAGUGGUCAACAGGUGUUCACUUCAGCUUGUCUACCAAACUACCGCAGCAUGAAUCCAUGUCCAGUCUAUGAGAGAGAGUCCGAAACCCUCUUCCUGUUUUUCAUUUGUGUCCCUGUUGGGGUGUCUGAACAGCAACAAAAAAAAGAGAAAAAGAAUCAGGCACGCCUUUGUUACGUAACCAGUAAGAACACUGGUAAAACCUGGAGUGCCGUUACUGAUUUGACAGCAGAUGUGAUAGGUGAGCAGGAGAAGAACUGGGCCACCUUUGCUGUUGGACCAGGACACGGAAUUCAGAUGAAGAGUGGGAGACUGAUUAUCCCAGCAUACACAUAUUAUUUCACAAUAGCAUACAGUGAUGAUAAAGGAAGCACUUGGCAUAUUGGAAAGUGUGUGGAUGGUGAGUCUAAUGAAUGUCAGAUGGCUGAGAUCAUCGAUGAUGAAGGCAACAGUAUACUUUACUGCAAUGCUCGAAGCACAAACCACUACAGGAAUGAGGCUCUAAGUGAAAGUAAAGGAAAAGAUUUUGACAAGUCUUCAUUUGUAAAUAAACUGAUAGAGACUGGACAAGGUUGCCAAGGAAGCAUGUUGAGUUUUGCCCCUAAUCAAGUGUCUGCAAAAACAUGGCUGCUAUACAGCCACCCAACCAAUGCAACCAAUCGAUUGAGCCUCGGCAUAUACUUAAAUAAAUGCCCGAGUGACGCUUCUGGAUGGGGGAAUCCUGUGAUCCUGCAUGAGGGUCCAAGUGGAUACAGUGAUCUGACUCAGUGUGGGGAUGAAAAACACUUUGCCUGUCUCAUGGAGUGUGGAGAGAAAAGUGAGCUUGAAAGAAUAGGCUUUGUCCUGUUUGAACAGAAAGAUGACAAGGCCGAGAAACUACAAUUUACUAAAUAGAAUUGAUUAAAUUACAGCUAAAACAGCAUAUGUAAUCACAAAUGUUACAUUAAACCUUUAAAAAUAACCAAAAUAUUAACAUGAUAUAGAAUUUCAUGCAAGAGUUUGAACUUCUUUAUACUGUAGACUAACCAAUGAAUAUAACCAACUUACUGUGGGUCUUUCACCAUAUUAUUUUAACAAGUAUAUUUUAAAGAAUAAAGAGAAAAAUCCAGAGAAUUCCAGACAUUAUCAGAUGCCACAGAUUGUCAAAAAGACAGUAAAAAUGCAUGCUAAGGUUUGAUAAAUCUACAGUUCAAUUUUUUUCCUGGAAAAUGGACACUCAGAAACUGGUCUCUACAAUUCAGUCUCGAAAUCCAAAGAGCGCGUCUAGACUCGUCAUGAGCAACAGCAGGACUGUGUCAGUAUCAAUUUUAAAAAAACACACUGCAGUGAUUCAUUUCUGAAUGACUGCAAGUUUUGAAAUAAUGGGGUGAACCAAUGAUCCAGUGGUCCACUUAUAAAGUGACCUAUUUACUUUAUUCCUGAAUUACACACCCAUUAAUAGCUCUUCUGAGAAAAGAUCUAAAAUCAUUUGCUGAUGAAUUUCACCAAACAGAAACAACAAAGUAUAAUAAUAACCAUCCUUAUCAAAACUCAAAGACAGUGUUAUUUAUUAAUAUUG